AUGCCAAUCAAACCUGUUGGGUGGAUAUGUGGGCAGGUGUUGAAGAACUUCUCUGGAAGAAUUGAGGGGAUCCAGAAAGUAAUCAUGGACCUUUUAGAUGAAUUUAAAGAUGAAUUCCCUACCAUCCUAAGAUUAUCACAGUCUAAUCAGAAAAAAGAACCUAUGCAAAAAACAUCCAAAAUCAGAAUGGCUGUUGCUUUAGCCAAGAUCAACCGAGGAACAUUAAUUCAAGGAUUAAACAGCAUAUCUAGGUCUUCCAAAUCGGUUGCCAAACUUCUGCAGCCUCAGCUUGCUUGCAAACUUUUAGAGUUAAGGGACAUAUCUCAUCGUCUGCUGAAGGAAGUUAAUACACCAAAGCAACCCCUGUAUAACGUGCAGGUCCGGAAGGGAUCUUUGUUUGAAAUCAUUUCUUUCCCAGCAAAGACUGCUUUAACUAGCAUAAUGUAUGCUUCAUAUGCAGCACUAAUUUAUUUGACAGUCUGUGUUAAUGCUGUGCUGGAGAAGGUAACAAAAAUUUUCCAAGAAGAAGAAUCCAUAAGGCAAAACAAAGAGGAAAGUGAAAAUCUUAGAAAAGCCUUUUCUGAGCCUGUGCUUUCUGAGCCUCUGUUUCCUGAAGGUGAAAUCAAAGCAAAACCUUACAGGUCAUUACCAGAGAAACCAGACAGUAUUUCAGAUCGCCCCAAACUUCCUGCCAAUAAGUUGUGUAAUAAGAUCCAAGUUUUACAUUCUGUGUUUGACCAGUCAACUGAAAUGAAUGAGCAAAUAUGA